AUGGAGCAAACGGACUGCAAACCCUACCAGCCUCUCUCAAAAGUCAAGCACGAAAUGGAUCUAGCUUAUACCAGUUCUUCUGAUGAAAGUGAAGAUGGAAGGAAACCAAGGCAGUCCUACAACUCCAGGGAAACUCUGCAUGAGUAUAACCAAGAGCUGAGGAUGAAUUACAAUAGCCAGAGUAGGAAGAGGAAGGAAGUAGAGAAAUCUACUCAAGAGAUGGAAUUCUGUGAAACUCCUCACACUCUGUGCUCUGGCUACCAGACAGACAUGCACAGCGUUUCUCGGCACGGCUACCAGCUAGAGAUGGGGUCUGAUGUGGACACGGAGACCGAAGGUGCUGUCUCACCUGACCACGCUCUGAGAAUGUGGAUAAGGGGGAUGAAAUCAGAGCACAGCUCCUGUCUGUCCAGCCGGGCCAACUCCGCGUUGUCCUUGACCGACACGGACCAUGAGAGGAAGUCGGAUGGGGAGAAUGGUUUUAAGUUCUCUCCUGUUUGUUGUGACCUGGAGGCUCAAGCUGGGUCUACUCAAGACAUGCAGAGCAGCCCACACAACCAGUUCACCUUCAGACCCCUCCCGCCUCCACCACCGCCUCCGCAUGCGUGCACCUGUGCCAGGAAACCACCCCCUGCAGCCGACUCUCUUCAGAGGAGAUCGAUGACUACCCGAAGCCAGCCCAGCCCAGCUGCUCCAGCUCCCCCAACCAGUACACAGGAUUCUGUUCAUCUGCAUAACAGCUGGGUCUUGAAUAGCAACAUACCAUUGGAGACCAGGCAUUUCCUGUUUAAACAUGGAUCUGGCUCCUCAGCUAUCUUCAGUGCAGCCAGUCAAAACUACCCUCUGACGUCCAAUACCGUGUACUCGCCCCCUCCCAGGCCACUUCCUCGAAGCACCUUUUCCAGACCUGCCUUUACCUUUAACAAACCUUACAGGUGCUGCAACUGGAAGUGCACGGCCUUGAGCGCCACUGCAAUCACAGUGACUUUGGCUUUGUUACUCGCCUAUGUGAUUGCAGUGCAUUUGUUCGGCCUGACUUGGCAGCUGCAACCAGUUGAAGGACAGCUCUAUGAAAAUGGAGUUAGCAAAGGGAACAGAGGGACCGAAUCCAUGGAUACUACUUACUCUCCAAUUGGAGGAAAAGUUUCCGAUAAAUCAGAGAAAAAAGUGUUUCAGAAGGGACGGGCGAUAGACACCGGAGAAGUUGACAUUGGUGCACAAGUCAUGCAGACCAUUCCACCUGGCUUAUUCUGGCGUUUCCAGAUUACUAUCCACCAUCCUAUAUAUCUGAAAUUCAAUAUUUCUUUAGCCAAGGACUCUCUGCUGGGAAUUUAUGGCAGAAGAAACAUUCCACCUACACACACUCAGUUCGACUUUGUAAAAUUGAUGGAUGGAAAACAGCUGGUCAAGCAGGACUCCAAGGGCUCUGACGAUACCCAACACUCCCCUCGGAACCUGAUCUUAACCUCACUGCAGGAGACAGGUUUCAUAGAGUAUAUGGACCAAGGGCCUUGGUAUCUGGCAUUCUACAAUGAUGGAAAAAAGAUGGAGCAAGUAUUCGUGUUAACUACAGCAAUUGAAAUAAUGGAUGACUGUUCAACCAAUUGCAAUGGAAAUGGAGAGUGUAUCUCUGGCCAUUGUCAUUGUUUCCCAGGAUUCCUGGGGCCUGACUGCGCGAGAGAUUCGUGCCCUGUGCUGUGUGGUGGGAAUGGAGAAUACGAGAAAGGACACUGUGUCUGCCGAAAUGGCUGGAAGGGGCCAGAGUGCGACGUUCCAGAAGAGCAAUGCAUUGACCCAACGUGCUUUGGUCACGGCACCUGCAUCAUGGGAGUCUGCAUCUGUGUGCCAGGAUACAAAGGAGAAAUAUGCGAGGAAGAAGACUGCUUGGACCCGAUGUGUUCCAGCCAUGGCAUCUGUGUAAAAGGAGAAUGUCACUGUUCUACUGGUUGGGGAGGAGUCAACUGUGAAACUCCACUUCCUAUAUGUCAAGAGCAGUGCUCAGGACACGGGACUUUUCUUCUGGACACUGGGGUGUGUAGCUGUGAUCCCAAAUGGACUGGAUCUGACUGUUCAACAGAGCUCUGUACCAUGGAGUGUGGUAGCCACGGAGUCUGCUCAAGGGGAAUUUGCCAGUGUGAAGAAGGCUGGGUAGGACCCACAUGUGAAGAACGCUCCUGUCAUUCUCACUGUGCUGAGCAUGGCCAGUGCAAAGAUGGAAAAUGUGAGUGUAGCCCUGGAUGGGAGGGCGACCACUGCACCAUUGCUCACUACUUAGAUGCUGUCCGAGAUGGCUGCCCAGGGCUCUGCUUUGGAAAUGGACGAUGUACCCUGGAUCAAAAUGGUUGGCACUGUGUGUGUCAGGUGGGUUGGAGUGGCACAGGCUGCAAUGUUGUCAUGGAAAUGCUUUGUGGAGAUAACUUGGACAAUGAUGGAGAUGGUUUGACUGACUGUGUGGACCCUGAUUGUUGUCAACAAAGCAACUGUUAUGUAAGUCCCCUCUGUCAGGGCUCACCAGAUCCUCUUGACCUCAUUCAGCAAAGCCAACCCCUCUUCUCUCAGCACACUUCGAGACUCUUCUAUGAUCGAAUCAAAUUCCUCAUGGGCAAGGACAGUACUCAUGUCAUUCCUCCAGAGAUCUCAUUUGACAGCAGGCGUGCUUGUGUGAUUCGAGGCCAAGUGGUGGCUGUAGAUGGAACCCCUCUAGUAGGGGUGAAUGUUAGUUUCUUGCAUCACAGUGAUUAUGGGUUUACCAUCAGCCGGCAAGAUGGAAGCUUUGACCUCGUAGCCGUUGGAGGUAUUUCUGUCAUCUUAAUCUUUGACCGCUCACCUUUCCUGUCUGAGAAGAGGACACUCUGGCUGCCUUGGAAUCAGUUUAUUGUGGUAGAGAAAGUUAUCAUGCAGAGAGUUGUAUCAGACCCACCAUCCUGCGACAUCUCCAACUUUAUUAGCCCAAACCCUAUUGUGCUUCCGUCACCACUCACAUCAUUUGGAGGGUCCUGUCCAGAGAGGGGAACUAUUGUUCCUGAGCUGCAGGUGGUGCAAGAGGAGAUCCCCAUUCCUUCCAGCUUUGUGAGGCUGAGUUACCUGAGCAGCCGCACCCCCGGCUAUAAAACCCUGCUUCGGAUCCUUCUGACACAUUCAACCAUUCCCGUGGGAAUGAUAAAAGUCCAUCUCACGGUAGCCGUGGAAGGGCGACUCACACAGAAGUGGUUUCCUGCCGCAGUUAAUCUCAUCUACACGUUUGCCUGGAACAAGACCGACAUCUACGGACAGAAGGUUUGGGGCCUGGCAGAGGCUUUGGUAUCUGUGGGAUACGAAUACGAAACAUGUCCUGACUUUAUUCUCUGGGAGAAAAGGACAGUUAUCUUACAAGGUUUUGAGAUGGAUGCUUCUAACCUAGGAGGCUGGUCAUUGAAUAAGCAUCAUAUUUUGAAUCCUCAAAGUGGAAUCAUACAUAAAGGGAAUGGAGAAAAUAUGUUCAUUUCCCAGCAGCCCCCAGUCAUAUCAACCAUCAUGGGUAAUGGACACCAGCGGAGCGUAGCCUGCACCAACUGCAAUGGCCCAGCUCACAACAACAAGCUCUUUGCUCCUGUUGCCUUAGCUUCUGGCCCUGAUGGGAGUGUGUAUGUUGGCGACUUUAAUUUCAUAAGACGAAUAUUUCCCUCAGGAAACUCCGUUAGUAUUUUGGAAUUAAGAAACAGAGAUACCAGACAUAGCACAAGUCCUGCCCAUAAAUACUACCUGGCUAUGGACCCUGUGUCUGAAUCACUUUAUCUAUCAGACACCAACACUCGAAAAGUCUACAAGUUAAAAUCUCUUGUGGAAACAAAAGAUCUUUCCAAGAAUUUUGAAGUGGUGGCGGGGACAGGUGAUCAGUGCCUUCCCUUUGACCAGAGUCACUGUGGAGAUGGCGGGAGAGCAUCGGAAGCUUCACUGAACAGCCCUCGAGGCAUCACGGUUGAUAGGCAUGGAUUCAUUUACUUUGUGGAUGGGACCAUGAUUCGGAGAAUUGAUGACAAUGCUGUGGUCACAACUGUAAUCGGCUCAAACGGUCUGACUUCCACACAGCCACUGAGCUGUGACUCAGGAAUGGACGUCACUCAGGUGCGAUUAGAGUGGCCAACAGACCUUGCGGUCAAUCCCAUGGACAAUUCAUUGUAUGUCUUGGAUAACAACAUUGUGCUGCAAAUCUCUGAGAACAGGCGCGUGCGGAUCAUCGCAGGGCGCCCCAUUCACUGCCAGGUGCCAGGCAUCGAUCAUUUCUUGGUCAGCAAGGUGGCAGUUCACUCCACUCUGGAGUCUGCUAGGGCCAUCGGCGUGUCCCACAGCGGGCUGCUUUUCAUCGCCGAGACGGACGAGAGGAGAGUGAACCGCAUUCAGCAGGUCACCACCAAUGGAGAGAUCUCCAUCAUAGCCGGUGCUCCCACUGACUGUGACUGCAAAAUUGACCCCAACUGUGACUGUUUCUCAGGUGAUGGCGGCUAUGCCAAAGAUGCAAAGAUGAAAGCCCCUUCCUCCUUAGCAGUGUCACCCGACGGUACCCUUUAUGUCGCAGACCUUGGGAAUGUUCGAAUUCGUACCAUUAGCAGGAACCAGGCCCACCUGAACGACAUGAACCUUUAUGAGAUUGCUUCACCUGCUGACCAGGAGCUCUACCAGUUCACUGUCAAUGGAACCCACCUGCACACCUUGAACUUGAUAACAAGGGACUAUGUAUAUAAUUUCACCUACAAUGCCGAAGGUGACUUAGGUGCAGUUACCAGCAGCAACGGCAAUUCUGUGCACAUUCGCCGUGACGCAGGUGGGAUCCCCCUUUGGCUUGUGGUGCCCGGUGGGCAGGUGUACUGGCUGACCAUAAGCAGCAAUGGAGUCCUGAAAAGAGUGUCAGCCCAAGGCUAUAAUCUGGCCGUGAUGACCUAUCCUGGAAACACGGGGCUUCUAGCCACCAAAAGUAAUGAAAAUGGAUGGACGACCGUUUACGAGUAUGACCCCGAGGGACAUCUGACCAAUGCGACGUUUCCCACUGGAGAGGUCAGCAGCUUCCACAGCGACCUGGAGAAGCUGACAAAAGUGGAACUAGAUACUUCCAACCGUGAAAAUGUCCUCAUGUCAACCAACCUGACAGCAACUAGUACCAUAUAUAUUUUAAAACAAGAAAAUACCCAGAGCACCUAUCGUGUGAGUCCGGACGGCUCUCUGCGCGUCACCUUCGCCAGCGGGAUGGAGAUCAGCCUCAGCUCGGAGCCGCACAUCUUGGCCGGGGCGGUCAACCCCACCCUGGGCAAAUGCAACAUCUCCCUGCCCGGAGAGCACAAUGCAAACCUCAUCGAGUGGCGGCAGCGCAAGGAGCAAAACAAAGGCAACGUUUCGGCGUUUGAAAGGAGACUGAGGGCCCAUAACCGAAACCUGCUGUCCAUAGAUUUUGAUCACAUAACUCGCACGGGAAAGAUCUACGAUGACCACCGGAAAUUCACCCUUCGAAUUCUUUACGACCAGACGGGACGACCUAUUCUGUGGUCUCCCGUAAGCAGAUACAAUGAAGUGAACAUCACAUAUUCACCUUCAGGGUUGGUGACAUUCAUUCAAAGAGGGACGUGGAAUGAAAAAAUGGAAUAUGACCAGAGUGGAAAAAUAAUUUCAAGAACUUGGGCUGAUGGGAAAAUUUGGAGCUAUACCUACUUGGAAAAGUCUGUGAUGCUUCUCUUACAUAGCCAGAGGCGUUACAUCUUUGAGUAUGACCAAUCAGACUGUCUGCUCUCGGUCACCAUGCCUAGUAUGGUGCGCCACAGCUUACAAACCAUGCUUUCAGUGGGCUACUACCGGAACAUCUACACCCCACCAGACAGUAGCACCUCUUUCAUCCAAGACUACAGUCGAGAUGGCCGACUGCUACAGACCCUGCAUCUGGGAACAGGGCGCAGAGUGUUAUACAAAUACACCAAGCAAGCAAGGCUGUCUGAGAUUCUCUAUGAUACCACUCAGGUCACAUUAACCUAUGAAGAGUCUUCUGGAGUGAUUAAGACAAUACACCUGAUGCAUGACGGCUUCAUUUGCACAAUCAGAUAUAGGCAAACAGGACCUCUUAUUGGACGCCAGAUCUUCAGGUUCAGUGAAGAAGGUCUGGUGAAUGCUCGGUUUGACUACAGCUACAACAACUUCCGCGUCACCAGCAUGCAAGCUGUGAUCAAUGAAACCCCUUUGCCCAUAGAUCUGUACCGAUAUGUUGAUGUUUCUGGUAGAACAGAGCAGUUUGGAAAAUUCAGUGUAAUUAAUUACGAUUUAAAUCAGGUCAUAACUACUACGGUGAUGAAGCAUACCAAGAUUUUCAGCGCCAGCGGACAAGUUAUCGAAGUCCAAUACGAAAUCCUAAAGGCAAUUGCCUACUGGAUGACUAUUCAGUAUGAUAAUAUGGGGCGUAUGGUGAUAUGUGAUAUAAGAGUGGGAGUGGAUGCCAACAUAACCAGAUACUUCUAUGAAUACGAUGCUGACGGGCAGCUGCAGACUGUUUCCGUAAAUGACAAAACCCAGUGGCGUUACAGUUAUGACCUGAAUGGAAACAUCAACCUCUUAAGCCACGGGAAUAGUGCUCGUCUUACUCCUCUCCGAUAUGACCUCCGAGACCGCAUCACCAGACUAGGAGAAAUUCAGUAUAAAAUGGAUGAAGAUGGCUUUCUGCGGCAGAGGGGAAAUGACAUAUUUGAAUAUAAUUCUAAUGGUCUGCUGCAGAAAGCCUACAAUAAGGCUUCUGGCUGGACUGUGCAGUAUUACUACGAUGGGCUCGGGCGACGUGUCGCCAGUAAGUCCAGCCUAGGGCAGCACCUUCAGUUCUUUUAUGCAGACCUUGCCAAUCCCAUAAGAAUUACUCAUUUGUACAACCACACGAGCUCAGAGAUCACAUCCCUGUAUUACGAUCUCCAAGGUCACCUCAUUGCCAUGGAGCUAAGCAGUGGUGAAGAAUAUUACGUAGCCUGUGAUAAUACGGGCACGCCACUGGCUGUGUUCAGCAGCCGAGGUCAGGUGAUAAAAGAGAUCUUGUACACGCCUUAUGGAGAUAUCUACCAUGACACUUACCCUGACUUUCAGGUCAUCAUUGGUUUUCAUGGAGGACUCUAUGAUUUGCUUACUAAAUUAGUGCACCUGGGGCAAAGGGAUUAUGAUGUUGUUGCUGGUAGGUGGACAACGCCUAAUCAUCACAUAUGGAAACAGUUGAACCUCCUUCCUAAACCAUUCAACCUCUACUCCUUUGAAAAUAACUACCCAGUUGGCAAAAUUCAAGAUGUUGCAAAGUAUACCACAGACAUUGGAAGUUGGCUGGAGCUAUUUGGUUUCCAGCUACACAAUGUUCUACCUGGAUUCCCCAAACCAGAAUUAGAAAAUUUGGAGUUAACUUAUGAGCUUCUCCAGCUUCAGACAAAAACUCCAGAGUGGGAUCCCGGAAAGACUAUCCUAGGUAUUCAGUGUGAGCUCCAGAAACAGCUCAGGAAUUUCAUUUCCCUGGACCAACUUCCUAUGACUCCCCGAUACAAUGAUGGACGGUGCCUUGAAGGAGGGAAGCAACCGAGGUUUGCUGCUGUUCCUUCUGUUUUUGGAAAAGGUAUAAAAUUCGCCAUCAAGGAUGGCAUAGUAACAGCCGAUAUUAUAGGAGUAGCCAACGAAGAUAGCAGGCGGCUUGCUGCCAUUCUCAAUAAUGCUCAUUACCUGGAAAACCUUCAUUUUACCAUAGAGGGGAGGGACACUCACUACUUCAUUAAGCUUGGGUCUCUGGAGGAAGACCUGGUGCUCAUCGGGAACACUGGGGGGAGGCGGAUUCUAGAGAAUGGUGUCAAUGUCACUGUGUCCCAGAUGACCUCUGUGUUGAAUGGGAGGACUAGACGGUUUGCGGAUAUCCAGCUCCAGCACGGGGCUCUGUGCUUCAACAUCCGGUAUGGGACAACUGUCGAAGAGGAGAAGAAUCACGUGCUGGAGAUUGCCAGACAACGCGCGGUGGCCCAGGCCUGGACUAAGGAACAGAGAAGGCUGCAAGAAGGGGAGGAGGGUAUUCGGGCAUGGACAGAGGGGGAAAAGCAGCAGCUUUUGAGCACUGGGAGGGUACAAGGUUAUGAUGGGUAUUUUGUUUUGUCUGUCGAGCAGUAUUUAGAACUUUCUGACAGCGCCAACAAUAUUCACUUUAUGAGACAGAGCGAAAUAGGCAGGAGGUAA